CAACAGCAAAUGCAGAAGGUAUGAUUCCCUCUAUUGCAGAUUCAGACUUAAAAUUUGUCUUGUUGCAACUGUAAGUAACACAGCACAUGUAGCUCCUUCCUCUAUCCUUCCUGUGCUUAAGUACAGUUACGUAUUUGUCCUUUAUUUGAGAGAUUGAUUUGCUUAAACUUCCUCUGGAUAUGGUGGCGCUAACCUCUACUUUUUAUUCCAGCAAUACUUUUUAUUCAACAAUUCUCCACUAUGCUCCGUGAGAUUAGUUUUACAUUUUUAAGUUGUCUGGUUGGCUGAGAGAAAUACUGGUUACCCAUCAUAACCCCAGUUCCAGCACCGGAAUUUACGCUGGACCACAUUGGGCAGGCGGACCAGAUCAGGCAGUGACGUUUUCGACUGCGCCUUCCAUCAACAGGAAACAGCUGGACUCAAACUCAACUAUGUUAAAAACUAAAAGGCAACACGUUCUGUAUGUACAGUAGUUCUGUGGUUGUGUUGAGGGGAGUAAAUAACUGAAUUUGGUCGCUAUGUUAUGAACUAAGGAUCAUGGUUCUUAAUCUGUAGUUGAACCAUUAAAAUGUUGCUUAUUAAUUCGUAUUGCCAGUUAAUAAUUCAUAACAGUUCCUCCCAACAGUCCCAAUAUACCCGCCUCCUUCUCAGCACGGGCAGUUCUAUCGUGGCACGAUGCAGUGACACAUACUCGGGUAGAUCAGAUCAGAUCAGCUGUGAUCGUGAGUGAGGCCAGAUGUCAAGACGUGACCAUGGAUGACGAACUUAAACAUCAUAUGUAUUUCGAGAGUCACUGUUUAUGUGACAUGGAGAAGAAAAUCGUCUAUUUUCACGUCCGUCGAAAAUCUGGUGGAGGGGAGAGCGGAGAGCUACAGACCGUGAAAGAGAAUAUCGACAGAUUGUCCUUCAAAUACCGAGAAGAUCAGCAUGUGGUGAAGUGUGGGGAAAAGGAGCUGUUGUUGACAGUCCGAGAGAGCCUUCAAGAACAAUCUGCACCUCUGACAGAACCGGUGAAUGAUUUUCCGUCCUCUCCAGAAGACGUUCAGCAAGUGGAGACUUUUCAUCCUCCAGCACAACCAACACAUGAAACUCCACUUAGAAUCGCUUUACUUGGGAAAACUGGAGCCGGGAAGAGCAGCCUCUGUAACACCAUAUUUGGGGAGGAAGUAUUCACCACAGACCAUACUCCGCUCUCUGAAACAAGAACGUGCCAGGCGGAGACUCGAUUUGUCCAAGACAAGUGCAUUACUUUGGUGGACACUCCGGGUUUCUUUGACACAGGAAUAUCUGAAGAAGAUCUGAAACCGGAGAUCAUGAGAUUAAUCACGGAGUGUUCUCCAGGACCACACGCCCUUUUCAUUGUGCUGAAAGUUGAAAAAUACACUGAGCAAGAGCAGGAAGUCAUUGCCAAAAUAUUGCACUACUUCACUGAAGAUGUGUUCAAGUACGCCGUGAUCAUAUUUACUCAUGGUGACCAGCUUCCAGAAGACACCAGCAUUGAGCAAUUUGUAAGUCACAGCAAACAGUUGUCUGAGCUGCUGAACAGGUGCAACAACCGUUACCAUGUAGUGGAUAAUAAAUACUGGAACAUCAAACAAAAACAUGAAUGCAGGACCAACCGCUUCCAAGUGGAGGAGAUACUCAACACGGUGGUCAGGAUGGUGCAGGACAACAAUGGAGCUCAUCACAGCAAUGCAAUGUUUGAGCGGGUGGAGAAAGAAAUCGAGAGUGAGGUGAAUCUUUUGAAACAGUCUGCAAAAGAUGUGCCACAGGAAGAGAUAAGAAAAAAAGCCAGGGCAAUUGUUUCCAAUAGAUUUCUGACCCAACUUACAGGGAUCACAACAGGGAUUUUGUUGGGAGCAUUUUUUGGUGUGGGGACAUUGACAUCAUCACCAGUUAUGGCUUUAAUGAAAUGUGUCGGAAAGGGAGCUGGAGUGAUGGGACUCGCCACACUGGCUGUAGGAGGUGCUGUCGGAGGUUCUUUCAUCGGGUACGAGGCCAGUCAAGAUGCUGUCUCACCAAAGGAGGCAGCAAAGGCCACUUUCUUUGCUUUUCUGAAAAAACUUGGUUUCCGAAAGGGACCAUAUUUACUCUGGUCCAACUUCCCCAUCACCAUUGCGAGCUAUGCUACCCUCCUCUGCCUCUCUGCCUCCAUCAUCUUCCCGCUGUAUUUCCUCAAAGAUUCAAGAUACCACGGAGAGAGGCGGGAUCACCACAUUGUGUCCACGGUCUUCUCCUGCUUAGCCGCUGUUGCGUACAUGGGUGAGGUCAGUCUGACCAAAGCAAGACCAGGAGAGGUGGCAGGCUACAUGGCUACAGCCCCAGGCCUGCUGAAGGUGUGUCAAACAUUUGUGGCCUGUGUGAUCUUCAUCCUGAUCAGUGAUCCAGUGUCCUAUAACCAGCACGCAGCACUGAAGUGGUGCAUGUCUGUGUACUGUAUCUGCUUCAUCCUCUCCAUGGCGGUGGUUGUGCUGUGUGUGGCGGAGUGGACCAGCUGCCUCCCGAUCCCCUUCUCUAAAUUCCUGUCAGGAUAUGCCCUCCUGGCUAUGAUCAUGUACCUGACAGCGACAAUUAUUUGGCCAAUCUUCCAGUUCGAUAAGAAUCACGGGAGGGGAAGUUCUUCAACGAGCCUCAUCACAGCUUCGGUGCUCACAGCUCUCAACUUCCUGCUCUACCUUGCUGACCUGACUUACACCACCAGACUUGUAUCAGCACGGGCAGUUCUAUCGUGGCACGAUGCAGUGACACAUACUCGGGUAGAUCAGAUCAGAUCAGCUGUGAUCGUGAGUGAGGCCAGAUGUCAAGACGUGACCAUGGAUGACGAAUUUAAACAUCAUAUAUACUUCGAGACUCACUCUUUACGUGACGUGGAGAGGAAGAAAAUCGUCAACUAUUUUCACGUCCGUCGAAAAUCUGGUGGAGGGGAGAGCGGAGACCUACAGACCGUGAAAGAGAAUAUCUACAGAUUGUCUUUCAAAUACAGAGAAGAUCAGCAAGCGGUGCUGCAGAAGUCUCAGCAUGUGGUGAAGUGUGGGGAAAAGGAGCUGUUGUUGACAGUCCGAGAGAGCCUUCAACAACAAUUCGCACCUCUGACAGAACCGGUCAAUAGCCAAAGUAGCAGUUCUACCUCAUCGCCAGCAGAGGGAGCUCAGCAACUCACUGAAAAUGGAUCGACCUCGAUUCUCCAUUUGGCUGAGGCCAAACGUCGCCUUCUUUGGGGCCACAUUGAAGAGUGCAUGAGGCAGAAGUGUUCAGAGCUGAAGGUUUCACACGGAGAUGUUGGCGAAAUAGUCCUGAAAGGCUCUAACAGGGAGAUUCAAAAAGCGACUGACUUCAUCAAGGCCAAAGAAAAGCUGGUGAUGGUACGAUCAGUUUCUGAGAUUGGUCCACGUCUCUUAACUUUCCUGAAGUCAUUAAAACCAGGGGUCCUGGAGGACAUUUUAAAAAUCGACGAUGAGGUUGAGGUGGACUUGGUGGGCACAGAGUUGAAACUCUUGUCACUCUCCUCCGACCAGCUUGCUGAAACAGAGGCGCUGCUGCUCAGAGGGUUUAAAGAAGUAAACACUGAUGUUCCUGAGAGCUCCACCAGUCCAUCAGCUCUUCGGGGGACACUUGAAAGCAAAGUGGAGCUGAUGAAUCAAAGGGGCACCAGAGUUCAGGCCCAUUUUUCUUCUAAUGGGAAAGCUUGUCUGUUGGGCUAUGCAAGAGAGGUGGAUGAGCUAGCUAGAGAUAUCGCUGAGUUGAAUUCUGACAAGUGUCCUGAAGGAAGUCAGGAUCUACAGCUGUUAUCUGAGUCACAAAGUUUCCAGGAAGAGGAUGGUUUGGAGCGUCCUUUUAGCCCAGGAGCUAGCUCGCUGGAACAAGUCUCAUCCGAUGAUCCUGGUGAUAAUCCAUGGAUAAAAGUUUUCGCAAAUUAUCAUCUUCAGGAAGAGCUAGUGGUUGUCUUAUGUCAUGGUGACAUCACUAAACUGCGUGCCGAUGCGCUGGUUAAUGCUGCCAAUGAAAGUUUGGACCAUAGAGGUGGAGGUGUUUCUGCUGCUCUCAGUGAAGCUGGUGGUCCUCAGGUGCAGGCGGAAAGCAACGCCUUGGUGGAGACGUUGGGAACAAUUCCAGUAGGUGGAGUGGUGAUGACGAAUGCAGGAAACUUAAGGUGCAAGAAACUGCUGCAUGCUGUGGGUCCUGUCGCUGGAUUAGUCGGAGGCAAGGAGAAGAUCUUACUGCAAGAAACCGUUCAUUUGGUUCUGAGUCAGGCUGAGCAGCUGGGGUUUCGCUCAGUAGCCAUGCCCUGUAUCAGCUCAGGUUCUGCUGGUGUUCCCGUCAGUGUUAGCGCCAAGGCAAUCAUCACCGCAAUCAAAAAAUUUAGUAGUCAGCGAGGUGGGAGUCUCAGGUCGGUUGUCUUGGUGGAUAACAGAGAGGAAGUAGUGAGGGCCAUGCAAAGAACCUGUGAUGGGAUUCUCCAGGGGACAGCAGGAAAUGGAGCAAGGUGGAUCAAAACCGAUUGCUUCUCGCUACAUAAAGGAGAAUCUGCCAGAGACCAUGUGACCCAUUUGCGUGUUGAAAUUGUCAGUGGAAACAUCGAGGACCAGCAGUCAGAUGCUGUAGUGUGUCCAAUGGAUGGCCACAAUCCCAACUCCACUCGCAUUGGGAACACGCUCGCAGACUUGGAAGGGUCUCAGCUAUCCAGACGGUUCAACGAAGAAGCAAAGGAGCAAACGUUCCCAGGAGACACAGUUUUGGUUGAAGGUUUUUCUGCCCUUCUAUCUAAGGCAGUGAUCUAUGUCCAUCUGGUACCGUGGGAUGGCGAUCAGCAUGGAACCGCAGUAGAAAUUCUGAAACUAGGAAUGAAGAAUAUUUUGGGUGUGUGUGAAAGCAGAGGAUUUAAGUCUGUUGCUCUUCCACCACUCGGAGUUGGUGCAGCGCUGCAGUUCCCUGAAGAAGUGACAUCCGAUGUACUAUUUGAGGAGCUGUAUGGUCGUGAAUGUCAUUCAACACCGUUGUUGGUCCGCUUUGUCAUUCACCCCAGUCAGCAGCAGUCCAGCCAGGAUUUUCCGUCCUCUCCAGAAGACGUUCAGCAAGUGGAGACUUUUCAUCCUCCAGCACAACCAACACAUGAAACUCCACUUAGAAUCGCUUUACUUGGGAAAACUGGAGCCGGGAAAAGCAGCCUCUGUAACACCAUAUUUGGGGAGGAAGUAUUCACCACAGACCAUACUCCGCUCUCUGAAACAAGAACGUGCCAGGCGGAGACUCGAUUUGUCCAAGACAAGUGCAUUACUUUGGUGGACACUCCGGGUUUCUUUGACACAGGAAUGUCUGAAGAAGAUCUGAAACCGGAGAUCAUGAGAUUAAUCACGGAGUGUUCUCCAGGACCACACGCCCUUUUCAUUGUGCUGAAAGUUGAAAAAUACACUGAGCAAGAGCAGGAAGUCAUUGCCAAAAUAUUGCACUACUUCACUGAAGAUGUGUUCAAGUACGCCGUGAUCAUAUUUACUCAUGGUGACCAGCUUCCAGAAGACACCAGCAUUGAGCAAUUUGUAAGUCACAGCAAACAGUUGUCUGAGCUGCUGAACAGAUGCAACAACCGUUACCAUGUAGUGGAUAAUAAAUACUGGAACAUCAAACAAAAACAUGAAUGCAGGACCAACCGCUUCCAAGUGGAGGAGAUACUCAACACAGUGGUCAGGAUGGUGCAGGACAACAAUGGAGCUCAUCACAGCAAUGCAAUGUUUGAGCGGGUGGAGAAAGAAAUCGAGAGUGAGGUGAAUCUUUUGAAACAGUCUGCAAAAGAUGUGCCACAGGAAGAGAUAAGAAAAAAAGCCAGGGCAAUUGUUUCCAAUAGAUUUCUGACCCAACUUACAGGGAUCACAACAGGGAUUUUGUUGGGAGCAUUUUUUGGUGUGGGGACAUUGGCAUCAUCACCAGUUAUGGCUUUAAUGAAAUGUGUCGGAAAGGGAGCUGGAGUGAUGGGACUCGCCACACUGGCUGUAGAAGGUGCUGUCAGAGGUUCUUCCAUGGGGUACGAGGCCAGUCAAGAUGCUGUCUCACCAAAGGAGGCAGCAAAGGCCACUUUCUUUGCUUUUCUGAAAAAACUUGGUUUCCGAAAGGGACCAUAAAUGGUUCUUGACAUUUUGUGACAGUUAAUUGCGACUUAGUGAAUAUAAGGUGCAUUCAUAUUGCCUGUUAUUUAAUGUCUGGGGUGAAAUACAAGAAUAAUUUUGGAUUUCAUGCUUUUCUCCCUUUGAUAAAUUGGUGCCUGAACACCCUUUGGAACCAACUUUUUAGUUUACUCUCUCUGGAGCUGCAACUGGUUCCACAAGUGGAGCAAGGAAAUAUACUUUAACUCAAGCUGAGGGCUGUGUCUUCCAAUUGUUUGGUGUUUGGUUGCUUUGGUUUCGCAACUAGUAUGUACCUAGAUGAAAUCCAACCCAAGUCAUACCUGGGUAUCUUCACAAUUGUACGUUCCCCCUGUGCUCAUGUCUGAUUCUCAGGUCAAAUUGCCAGUGAUCAAUCAAUUAUUCUAAAUGAUCUGUUGGUGUGAGUAGUUUCCAUCUACACUGUGAACAACCCUUUACUGUGAGGUGUUCAUCUGACCCUUGCAUGCUGGGGAACAGCACAUGAAAUCAAUGCAAUAAAAAGUUCACAAAGACGUCUGGUUGUAUUUCAUCAGGUCAAGUGCUCAUCCCGCAGAGCAUGACAGACUGAGAUGAAUAACAUAUGCAAGAGGGCUUGGUUCUCACAAUGUGUUUUUGGUUUGGAUGCGUAAGCGUCUUCUCUACAGACGAUAUGGUUCUGGUGAUUGGGAUGGCGAUGUUUUUUAUUUUUUUCAUUAGGGUUG